GGACGCGUGACCGACUGCCUCAGCCUCCCCGAGGAUUCGCUCCGAGAACGAGCCGACGGACUGACUUGGGGGGCGGGCAGCGAAAGGACAAGAGCAGGAGUCUGGUGUCAUUUGUUAAUUGUGAUCGCGUGAAGCUUGCCUCCCUCGGGCAUAUUGGGGCGAGUAUCGGCAGCUGUUCUGAGUCCUAGAGCCCAGGCAGACACAGCCUAAUCCGUAUUUAUAGAAUUGGGGCCCGUGAUAAUUGGGAAAAUGGCGAUGACACUGUUGGAAGACUGGUGCAGGGGGAUGGAUGUGAACUCCCAGAGAGCCCUGCUGGUCUGGGGGAUCCCAGUGAACUGUGAUGAGGCUGAAAUCGAAGAGACCCUCCAGGCUGCGAUGCCUCAGGUGCCCUAUCGAGUGCUUGGGAGAAUGUUUUGGAGGGAAGAGAAUGCGAAAGCAGCCUUGUUAGAGCUCACUGGCGCUGUCGAUUACGCCGCGAUCCCCAGGGAGAUGCCGGGGAAAGGAGGGGUCUGGAAAGUGGUCUUUAAACCCCCGACUUCCGAUGCUGAGUUUUUAGAAAGGUUGCACCUCUUCCUAGCGAGAGAGGGGUGGACCGUGCAAGAUGUUGCCCGCGUCCUUGGCUUUCAGAACCCCGCUCCCGCCCCAGGCCCAGAUAUGCCAGCAGAGAUGCUAAACUAUAUUUUGGAUAACGUUAUUCAGCCUCUUGUUGAGUCCAUAUGGUACAAGAAGCUGACGCUCUUCUCGGGGAGGGACAUCCCGGGGCCCGGGGAGGAGACCUUUGAUCCCUGGCUGGAACACACUCAUGAGGUUUUAGAGGAGUGGCAGGUGUCUGAUUUAGAAAAGAGGCGGCGAUUGAUGGAGAGUCUUAGAGGCCCUGCCGCUGAUGUCAUCCGCAUCCUCAAGACUAACAACCCUUCCAUAACCACUGCCGAAUGCCUGAAGGCGCUCGAGCAGGUGUUUGGCAGCGUGGAGAGCUCUAGGGAUGCGCAGGUCAGAUUUCUGAACACUUACCAGAACCCGGGAGAGAAGUUGUCUGCCUAUGUCAUUCGUCUGGAGCCUCUUCUGCAGAAGGUGGUGGAGAAGGGGGCCAUAGAUAAAGAUAACGUGAACCAGGCCCGCCUGGAACAGGUCAUUGCAGGGGCCAACCACAGCGGGGCCAUCCGUAGGCAGCUGUGGCUGACGGGGGCUGGGGAAGGGCCUGCCCCUAACCUCUUCCAGCUGCUGGUGCAGAUCCGGGAGGAGGAGGCUAAGGAGGAGGAGGAGGAGGCUGAGGUUGCCCUCCUGCAGUUAGGCCUGGAGGGGCACUUCUGAGGCCCUGGAGUGGGGCUGUAGUGCAGAUGUAGAUCACAGCCGAUUUCCUUGUCUCCGUGCUGUCUUACAGGUGUGUCUCUUAGUUGUAAAGACUUCGCCAUGUUCUAUUGUUUUUUGGGGGGGGCGGGGGGAGUCAGGCUUGGGUAUUCGUGUAACAUUAGUACCGCCUCGCCAGUGAGCACCCUGCGCUGCUCCAAGGGAGUGGUACUGGCAGCGGUGCCAAGGACAGACCUGUCUGCAGGAGCUCAGUGCAAGCUGUCCUUGUGGCAAACUUCAGUUGUAAAAAAACAUGUGAAUUCGUGACACGUCCCAUUGAGGCAAUUAAAUGUGAAAUUGCAUGUUCAGAUGUUCAGCGCAGGGCCUGGCAACCGCGAGAAGUGUUCAGUAAAUACAGGAGCCGUUGUUAAUACCGUGAAUAGUUUUUUGUGUUUACAGUAAAUUGCUCCUUAUUUACAUUAAUGGAAAGAAACGUGACUUAAUUAGAUGCUACUUAGUUAUUCAAACAAAGCGAAUUUCUUACUUUUCAUCUUGAAACAUCUGGAUCAGUUUAAUUGAAGAGUAUUCUGAGACUACGGAAUGGGGUGUUAGAAAAAUACUGCAGUUCUAGAAUUAUGUAAAUCAAUUUUUCUCUGUACAAGAUACAGAUAUAAAUUGCAUGGGGAGGUUAAUAAGAACCGGUUACAGUAUCUGUUCCCCCAUUUCAAAUAUUUGUCAUUGAAUAGUAGUUCUUGUUCAUGCCGAUUCUAAGUGUUCUAAAUUUGAAGAUAUCAAAAUACAUGUACAUGAAUAAAAGAAUUAAAAAAAAUUCUGUUGUUUUUCUGACAUGUA